CACAAUAGUAUUAACAUAAUGGUUUCAAUCAAAAGUCUUUCAUCAUUCUGCAUUCUAUUUUCCCUUGUAGUAGCUACUAUUGCUUCUGCAAGUAGCAAUUAUGGAAAUGGUUAUUAUGGUUAUGGUAAUAAUGCCCCAAAACCAUACAACAAUGAUGUGCCUACAAAGGGACCAUUGGUGCCACCAGCAAAUAUAAUUGCUGUUCAAGGAAUGAUUUACUGCAAAUCUGGAUAUAAAAGCUUCCCACUUAAGGGAGCCGUAGCAAGGAUAACAUGCCUGGGAAGGGAGAAAAACGGAUAUGAAACAGCUCCAUUCUCCUUCUCAAGUUACCAAUCGAAUGCAAAAGGUUACUACUAUGCUGUAUUUUCACUAAAUGAGCUAAAGGGAUAUGAUCACUCUUACAAAAUCACACAAUGCAAAGCCUUCUUAGAAAGCUCUUCACUUGAAGAAUGCAAUGUACCAACUGAUGAAAAUAAAGGCAAAACAGGAGCUCUUCUAACUUCUUACAGAUUACUCAACGAGUAUGGCAAGAAGAAAACAUUGUUGUAUUCUGUUGCACCUUUUGUUUACACUUCUGAUGAUGAGGACUACACCAAAUCUAAUUACAAACGUGAGGGUUAUUAGAUCAAUUUUGAUGUCCGGUACCACAUUGGGGGAUGACUAAUUUGAACUUGCGUAGGAAAGUCUCGUUAUGGAGGAGUAAAGUACACUCUACCAAAGGUGACUUCACAUUAAUAAUUUAUCACCCAUGAGAUUUGACAUCAUGAUUUGUUUUUAUUAUUAUUAUUACUAAUUCGUAUUUUUGAUGAUUUGUUUGUAUGCAAGAAAACUUGAGGAUCAUUAAUUUGA